AUGUCCUCAAUUAAUGUAAGUGACUACCAAGAAAUCAUUGAAACUGUGGUGGGUGAUGGAAAUACAGUUAUUGCAAAUGAUAUUGCCCUUAAUACCCUUCAAAGUAAAAAGGCCAAUGAAGGUAGUGAAAGUAAUACUGACACUGAAAGACAACAAUCUAUGAAAAAUGGAACUCAAGCUACAUCUAAUUUCUCUAUUCUUGAGCAAAAUAAUUAUGAUGACAUCACACCAUCUAAAUCAAUGGAUUCUAAUAAACUAUUUAUGAAGACAGUAAUUGAUUUGGAAAAGUGUUAUUCGGAAGAACCAAAUAAUUUUGUUCCUGACAAUUCUUUGGCUACAACCAAGUUUCAAAAUGAUCCAGCAUUUUAUAUAGGAAAAACAAUAUCGCCUGGUUUAAAACUAACAUUAUUAGAAUUGGGUCCAUGUCAGCCAAAAGAUAUUGAUCUACCUGGAGGGAAAUUCCCACACGAUUCGUCUAUACCUUCGCGUUCAUUUUCAAUGUCAUACUAUACUAAAUUAAUAAAUGGAAAAACUGAGAAUAGAACAUGGCUUGCCUAUUCACCAUCUACUGAUAAAGUAUACUGUUGGACAUGCAAACUUUUUGGUACACCGCGAGCACAAAAAGGUUUGUUUGCUAGUUCUGGUUGUAACUCAUGGGGUCACCUAUCUGGAAUUUAUGGGAGAUUAUAUAAACAUGAAACAUGUAAAGAUCAUUUAGAGGCUGAAUUAAAUCGAGUAAUGUAUAUUAAUAACAACCGUAUAGAUUUACAACUAACAAAAUCUUCUAAUACACAAGUUGCUGCAAAUAGAGAAGUUGUGAAAGUUCUCAUGGACAUUGUUGUAUGCUUAGCCAAACACAACUCAGCUUUAAGAGGACAUUCAGAAUCAGCAAAUGAUAAUAUUCAAGGACAAUUUCUUGAUUGGGUUAACCUUUUUUCAAAAUACCAUCCAGUUUUACGUGCACACCUAGAUCGUAUACAAUCAUCGUCUAAGAAAACGAGACUGACUUUUAUGUCUAAAGGUUCACAAAAUGCAAUGCUUGAAUGUAUAGCAGAAACCAUUCGUAAGAAAAUACUUAAUGAAGUAAAGUUAUCAGGUCUAUAUUCACUAAUUUUAGAUUCAACUACUGAUGUAUCAAAGCUAGAUCAAUUCGCUUUUGUAUUACGUUAUUGUACUACUGAUGGUACCAUCCAUGAAAGAUUAAUGUGUGUUGACGAAACUGUGGAUUCUACCGGUAAUGGUAUGUUUCAAUUAUUUAUUAAAAUAUGUGACAACCAUGCGCUAAAUUGGAAAAAAGAAUUAGUCGGCCAAGCAUACGAUGGUGCUUCCAACAUGCAAGGUGCAAUAAAAGGUUUACGUACAAUAAUUCAAAGUCAUAAUCCUAAUGCUCUGCAUGUAUGGUGUUUUGCUCAUUGCUUAAAUUUAGCAGUAUGUGAUGCAUGUGAAGCAACUGCUGAAGUUCAAGAUUUCUUUGGAACAGUCAGAAGUUUAGUAAAUUUUCUUAGUGCAAGAAAACGCACAGCCAAAUAUGUUGAGUUACAAAAAUCUAUCUACCCUAAAGAGCUUAUUCGAAGGUUAAAACACUUUUCAAAUACAAGAUGGACUUACCAUGAUCGUUUUACUGCUCAUUUAAUGAAAAAAAUAUUUUCAGCUACUACACCAUUAUCUGUGUAUUUACAAGCUCCAGAUAUGGAUUUCAUUCAAGCAAUGAAACUUGUUAAAGCUACACGACAAUUUUUAAAUGAUAUGAGAAUAGAUGAUAAUUUAUCCAACAUAUUUUCUGAUUCUGAAUCAUUUUGCACAAGUUUAGACCUAGAAGAAAAAAAUAUGCCUAUUAAACGUACUUCCAUUAAAAAAAAAAUGAGUGGGGAAAGAGCAAAUGAUGAGCGACUUCUGUCUUCAAAGGACCGCUAUAUUAGUGAGGUAUAUAAUAUGACUCUUGAUAAGACUUUAAUGAAGCUGGAUGACAGGUAUAACAAUGCUGAAAAUGUUUUUAAUGAAAUUUCAUUAUUUUCUGCUGAACAUUUACUUCUAAAAUCUGCUACCACACCUAGCUCAUUUAAUUAUAUAUGUAAAUGGUUAUCAUCCACAAACAUUGAUCAGUAUAGUUUGAGUACUGAUUAUAAUUUAUUCUCAAACAACUUUAAGAAUUUCAUGAAAACAUGUCCUGAAAUCUCAGAAAAUAUUGAUAACAAUACAAUUGAUGAAUUCAGCCAUGAGAAUAAUAGCAGCGAUAAUGAUAGCUUGAGGUCCAAUGAUGAAGAUACAAAUGCAUUAAAACUAUUAGAUAUUUUUAAAACCCUCAGUAAUACUGGUAUGUCAGCGGCGUUUCCAAAUUUGUACUUGGCUUACAAAGGUAUUUGUACUUUACCUCCAACGUCAGCAAGUGCUGAAAGGUGUUUUUCUAAAUUAAAAUUAAUCAAAACUAAUCUUCGCUCAACAAUGUCAGAAUCCAGACUUGACCAUUUAAUGUUGAUAUCAUGUAACGCUGAUAUUGAUAUACCAAUAGAUGAAGCUAUUAAUAUGUAUGGCUCAAGGUCAAAACUGCUACAAUCAGUGCUUUUAUUUUCUUAA